CGACGUCGGGAAUUGAACCCUGAUACUUCGUGUCUCGUUCCAUCUCUUGUCUCUUCUUCAGAAGUAAAAUAUCGGUAUUUCCUUUUUUGUUUAGAAUUUAUAAACAAAAAUUAACAAUAAUGAGUGCAAAAAGUGGUUAUAAUACGAAACAAUCAUAAAAUAAAACAAUGCCUCACUACGAUGACACUUUUCUCGACUCUCCGAUAUUCCGCAGACGUGCUAAAAGUUACAGUGUUUUGAAACAAGACGUUCCAAAAUCAAAAACAUUUCAAAUAACGGCGAUUCCGCUGCUCCUGGCGGUGACCAGCCAAAAGAAUUUUUCAUCUGCAUCAUCAUGCAGCCUCCAAGACGUAGAGGAGCGUCCCAGCGGAAAAGCACGCGGCAGCAAACUCGCCCGACGUGCGCGCUCCUUCAAAGAGGAUUUUCUCGAAAAAUUCUCCCAGAUGCGUUCACCGGGGAUAAAUUCCGGAGGUGUCGGAGGCAGCGGGGGUGGUGGUGGAACCGGUCCUGGUAACACUGGUGGUGUUACUACGCGAGCAGCAUCGCCCUCAUCGCCCCGCACCCCUCGGGAAAAAAACACCCCCAUCGCAAAUGAUACUCUUGAAAAAAAUCCUCUACGUGAUCUUCAUAUACAUGUCAGACAAGUUCAACUGGCUUUACUACAUUUUCGUGAUGUUGUGUCCAAGAAAAAGUUGGAGAUGUUACCCGGUAAUGGCACCAUUGUUUUAGACACUGUUACUACCAUACACACUGUACUCAAGUCUUAUCUUCUCUAUGAGAAUAGUUCGACUUUGGGCUCAGCCACAAAUCAAGUUUACCAAGCUCUAGCCCAACUUUUGAAACUUUGCGACGACGUGCUGUUGCACGGCGAUCAAUCUGCUCCCUGCCCAGCUUUAGACACGGAGAACGUGACCCAUGUUAUAGGAUUAGUUGAGGAUGCUGUUAAGAAUUUAGUUAGUCUGGCACACGAGAAAAUAACAAAUAGGCAAAAACCAGCACCUAUUACUACCAACAACAGAACGUCAGGUUACGGUACAGAAAUAAAUUCCCAGCGAAAUUCUCUUCCUGACAUACCACUAACUCCCCGAGAAAGACAGAUUCUAGAACAAACAGCGGCUUCAAGUACGUUAGUCCGUAGUUCCCACAGCUCCGAGUCAAUCCUGAGGGAUUCUAGUCCACCACCAAAACCACCGCUUCCAGACAGGACUAAUAUAAGUCUGUCAGAGGAGAACAGUUCUUCAACCCCACCGCCGCUGCCACCAAAGAGAAGAACAAGAGCCCAGCAAUUGCUUGACGAGUCGGAUGGUUUCUUGGCAUCGAGUCUCGACCGGUGUUCAUUAAGAAGUCGCUCCCCGGAGGAUUCCUCAUCGCUGCUCAGUGCGUCUGCAGGAAGUCUAGACUCCGCUUUAAAUCACUCCAGAGACGAGGAUGAAAUCCGCGCUAUUAUGGGGCCUAAUGACGAGUCCUUAAAUGAUAGCAUGGAUUUAAGUCUCAUGGCAACUAUUCACGGACUACAAUUAAACGGAACAAACAAUUGCACCGGGUGGGAUGGAUCUGAGACGAGUAUACCGACUACAAUGCUGUUGGGUCAGCAAACACCUCAAGAGAUACUUGGCCCAUUCACAACUGGCAUUGAAGGAAAAAUGGAAAGACUUUCCACCCAAACACAAGAAUCGGGUUUUGUGUCAAUGCACUCCCAGCGCAGCUCAUCACAAAGUUACACCACGAGUUCAAGCUUGACAUCUAAAAGAUCUUCCCAACAAAGUAGUGUCAGCUACAAUUCACAGAGUUAUAACUCCUCUAUGGCCCAACACCAGCUCCACCAGCAAAUGUCAUUUUCCCAGCAAAAAAUUUCAGCAGACACAGAGAACUCGAUCGUGACGCACAGAACAACGUCCCAUAGUUCUACAAAAAAUACAGUCACCACCACCACUAUAAGCGGUGAUGCAGACUCGGCUUUGCUUGAAAAACUGGUAAAUGAAAUAGAAGAAUUGGAAUCAAACGGAAUACCACCAGCGUUACCAGAGAAGCGAUCGAAGAAGCGUAAAGAGCGUUUGCCGUCUCAGUACGACAAUGUACCAGAAAAUGAGCACCUGUCAACCUGUAGUUUGCACACAAGCUCGAGUGACAGUCCAGACGCGAGCAAACCGCCGCCUCUGCCCCUCAAGAAACGUCACAUGUUCCAAUCAGUGGCAUAUUCCGUAAUGGCAUACAUGGAAAUGUUUGGAAACUGUUCGCACAGUACGAACGACUUUAUAUCCGGGCUGGGCACGCGACAUUCCGUUGCUGCUUAUAAUUCGAUGCAAGCAGAGUGGCAACAACACGAAAUGUCUCUUACUACGACUCAAUCUUGUUCUUCAAUGGUUCAUACCUUGACUAACUUACACGAUGGAACUAGCAUAUCGAUCAGCAUGAGCCCAACGAUGAAAGAAAUGACAAACUCUAGUCUACCACCAGCUUUACCACCGAAAAGAUCCCGAUCCAUUAGAACGAACAUGACACCCCCGCCGAUAUCACCAAAGCCGGCAUCCGUUAGUAUUCAUGGGAUACGUACGCCAGAUCCAGUUAUAACGUCAACCCCUGUUAAAGAAAUAAAGGAGGAGCAAGUCAUGAUAGCUGAGAAGAAGGAUAAUGUAUCUCCGUUGCUCGCCUUGAAUAACAACAACAUCAACAGCAACAACAACAAUAGUCACCACAACAAUAACAUCAAUAAUAAUAAUAACAACAAUAAUAAUAAUAACAAUCUCACCUUGGACUCGAGAUCGUCGUCGAGACCGGCGAGUAAUGCGCUCUCCUCUAUUUCUGUCGACGAAAACACCUUAGAGUUGAGGGAUAUUGAUCAGGAUGACGGGAUUCUCGACGAGCUGGACAUUAGUAAAUAUCUAGUCCUUAAAAAGCCUGAAGAAGAUGGCCCUGAUAUUAGGGGUGGUCAUCCUGAUGCUCUGUUAAUUCAUGCGACCAAAGCUAAUAAGCAUGACGAAAAAGAAUCAGAUUUCCUGUAUCAGGAAGCAUUUUUAACAACAUACAGAACAUUUAUGUCACCAUUGGAGCUUAUACAAAAAUUACACAAACGUCACCAGAGAUUUUCGUGUUCUGGAGACAUUAUUAAGCAACGAGCUGCGCGUGAGGCUUUUUCAUUACUUGUACGAGUUGUCAGUGAUUUAACCAUGUCUGAUUUGGACGACGUUUUGCUCCAAACAUUGAUGGAGUUCGUUCAGCAAUUAGUUUGCAGUGGUGAUUUAACGAUGGCAAAGGCGCUGAGAGUGAAAAUCCUUGAAAAACACGCGCUGAAACAACUGCAAUCAACGCAACCGAUUUUAUCCUCACUGAGCGUGUCAACGAAACAAGCGUCGCUACUUGACUUCAAAAGCGAACAAAUAGCCGAGCAAAUGACUUUGCUGGACGCUGAAUUGUUCAUGAAAAUAGAAAUACCUGAAGUAUUAAUCUGGGCGCAGGAACAGAAUGAGGAGCGCAGUCCCAAUUUGACGCGAUUUACCGAACACUUCAACAAAAUGUCUUACUGGGCACGCUCGAGGAUCCUCGAGCAUCGGAUGGAGAACGAGGCUAAGGAUCGGGAAAAAUAUGUUGUAAAGUUUAUAAAAAUAAUGAAGCACUUGAGGAAGAUAAAUAAUUUCAAUAGUUAUCUGGCUUUGCUGUCGGCUCUUGACAGCGCUCCAAUAAGGCGCUUGGAAUGGCAGAAACAUAUUACAGAGGGUCUUAAGGAAUAUUGUGCUCUGAUUGAUAGUUCUAGUAGCUUUCGGGCUUAUCGACAAGCACUUGCUGAAACUCAACCGCCUUGUAUACCUUAUAUAGGAUUAGUUCUCCAAGAUCUGACUUUUGUGCACAUUGGUAACAGUGAUUUAUUACCGGACGGUACUAUUAAUUUCUCAAAGCGAUGGCAACAAUUUAAUAUUGUCGAGAAUAUGAAGAGGUUUAAAAAAGGAACAUAUUCAUUCAAGAAGAACGAGCGCAUAAUAACAUUCUUCAACAACUUCAGCGACUUUCUCUGCGAGGAAGCCAUGUGGCAAAUAUCCGAGAGUAUAAAACCGCGGGGCGGAAAAAAACCACAGUCGCAGCACUAAAUCACCGUCACAAGUCAUGGAAAUUAAAACCAAUAAAACUAAGAACCAAAAACAUAAACGUCAAUCAAUCAGUAAUAUAAAUAAUAAAUGAUAUAUAAUAAAUCAU